GGUGGGGUGGGGUGGGUGGGGGUGCCCAGUGUGAGCGCGGUGCUUCGCCAUGGAGAUGAGGAAGCGGGUGACGCUGGAGCUGCGCGGGAAGAUGCCAGCCGAGGUGAAGGAGCUGGUGCUGGACAACUGCCGCUCGGACGAUGGCAAGAUCAGUGGGCUCUCCUCCGAUUUUGAAAACCUGGAACACCUGAGCAUGAUCAACGUCGGCCUUCUCUCCAUCUCUAACCUUCCCAAGCUUAACAAACUCCGGAAGCUGGAGCUGUGCGACAAUCGUAUUUCGGGCGGGCUGGAAGUCCUCGUGGAAAAAACCCCGAAUUUGACGCAGUUGAACCUCAGCGCGAAUAAAAUCAGAGAGAUCAGCACGUUAGAACCUCUGAAAAAGCUGCCCCGCCUGCGGAUCCUUGAUCUCUUCAUCUGUGAGGUGACGAAGCUGUUGAACUACCGCGAGAGCAUCUUCACCCUCCUGCCUCAGCUGAUCUAUCUCGAUGACUUCGAUGCCAGCAACAUAUCCAACUUGGAUCUGGAAGCCGACGGGCUGGACGAUGAAUACGAUGAGAACGGAGACGAAGAUGAGGAGGAAGACGAAGAAUCGGAUGAUGAAGAUGACCUGGACGGCGAAGAUGACAAGAACGGGAGAGAUGAUGAGGAUGAAGAGGAUGACGGAGACGAAGAUGAGGAUGUAGAUGUCACAGAUCCUAUGCCUGAAACGAGUAGUGCAAGCAAGAAAAAAGUUCGUCAGUAUUCGCAAGAAUAUUUAAAACUGGGCUUCAUUCCCGCUACCCACGAUGAGAGGUCACCUUUCUGCCUCUUAUGCCAACAAUGCUUGCCCAACGAAUCCAUGGAACGAGGCCGUCUUGAGGUGCAUUUGAAGGCGAAUCAUAGCGCGUACGUAAAUUCAGAUUUAAAUUACUUCAAGUCUUUAAAGGAGAAGUUUGAAAAAACUGUCAGCCGUACUCUUGAGGCUAGUUACGACAUUUCUUUACUCAUUGCUAAAUCUGGAAAAAACCAUACUAUAGGGGAGGAUUUAAUUAAACCAUCAAUAUCGGCGUUUCUUAAAACGGCCCUGGGAAAAGAUGACAGAGAUGUGAAAGCCAUGCCACUCAGUGACCAUACCGUUAGCAGAAGGAUAGAUGAAAUGAGCGAAGAUGUUGAAGCACAGCUUGUUGAAAAGCUGAAAUCAAGGAAAUUCUCAGUGCUAAUGGAUGAAUCGUCUCUGAGAGACAAUGAGGCCGUACUGCUAGCCUAUGCAAGAUAUAUCGAUAAAGGCGAAUUUGCUGAAGAAAUGUUAUUCUGCAAAUCGUUGGAGGCCACCGCCACCGCUACGGAUGUAUAUAAUAAGCUAAAAAAUUACUUAGAUGUCAACAAUAUAUCAAUGGCAAACAUAACGUCUUGCGCUGCAGAUGGUGCUCCUGUCAGGAUGGGCAAGAAAAAUGGCUGCUUAAAAUUGAUGAAAGAUGAGAAUCCAGAAAUGCUUCUCGUGCACUGUGUUAUUCAUAGAGAGAACUUGGUGUCCAAAAACAUUUCUCCUGUUCUUAAUGAGGUACUAAAAUCAGUUAUAAAAUGUAUCAAUGCUAUCAAAGCUAAUGCCAAAUGUGACCGUCUCUUCAAGCAGUUUUGUGAAGAUAAAAACGCAGAGCCGGUGAGACUUUUCCUUCACCCUGAGGUGAGAUGGUGGCUCUCGAAGGGAAACUGCCUGAAAAGAUUCAUGGAACUAUUUGGUGUUCUUAGUCACUUUUUAAGUGACAAGCCUGAAAUGAAGCACCUGCUAACAGUUGACGGUAAAGCGCUGGUGAGUUAUUUAGCGGAUAUCUUUGAAAGACUGAAUACGUUGAAUAAACAACUUCAAGGAACAAAUAAAACUCUUGUGGAUGCAAAGGCGAAGAUAUUUGGCUUCAUUACGUUGAUAGAGUUGUGUCAAAAGCAUAUUUCUGACAAAAAAUUUGACAUGUUUCACUGGCUAAAAAAAUGUGAGGUGACUCCUGCUGCUGUACGUGUCAUCGUGGAUCAUCUGAAAAGACUGGCCUGUGAUUUGAAAGAAAGGUUUUCUGAUUUGAAAGAAACGGAUUUUCCAGCAUGGGUAGUGCAGCCGAUGCUGGUGGAUCUAUCUGAGGUUUCAAUGCAGUACCAAGAAGAACUCUCGGAAAUGCAAAACGAUGAGUCGCUUAAAACUUUAUUCGGUGUAAAAGGAGCCAUGGCGUGGCUGUGUGAUGAGACGGAAGCUAAAUACCCAAAUUCAAGCUACUUUGCAAGAAAACUGCUGUUACCUUUCCCAUCUCCAUAUUUCGCUGAAUGUGGCUUGAAUGCUGUAAAUGAUUUGCUACUGAGGAAAAGAAAUGGAGCGGAUAUCACUGAACGAGGAGACUUGAGAAUGAAGCUGACCAAAUUGGAGCCUAAUAUAAAGUCUCUCUGCAGCAGGCAUCAAGCACAAGCACAAGCAUCUCACUAAAGCUGCAGUCCUACAACAUUUUCCCGGGAGUAAGCCCCAUUGAAGAGAGUGGCACUUACUUCUGAGUAGACAUGCCUAGGAUUGCAGUGUAAAUAUGGUCUUCAGGUGAGCUCAAAUUGUAUUUUGAAUUUGUUAGGUACCUUUAUUUUAAUAUGUAUAGAAAUUAAUAUCAUCAAAGUAUUACAGAAGAAGCUUCCAAUUAUUUUAUAUUUAUGCAUUUCAGUUCUCUAUUAUGUUUUGAAACUUUAUUUGCUGUUUAUUUGUAUCCCUUCAUAUUAUUAUUUUUUAAGUUUCUCAGUACUUCUACUGUCUUUCGUUCUAUUAUUUUUCUCUUUCAUGGAUGCCAUGUUCUUUGGAACCUUGUUUAAACCAAGUUAAUGGCCUUUUAGGCUCCCACCCCGUGAGCAGGAGUUCACUUUUUUAAAAGUAAGAAUUAUAUGUCACGGGAGGGAGGGGCAUCAGGAUUUUAGAGAUGCUUAGGGGGGGCAUGGCCAAAAGAAGGUUGGGAACCACUGAUCUAUGUCAUCUUCCCCAUCUCUUUUUCCUUCUUUCCCAUCUUCUCCAUUUUGUUCUUCUUUUCCUUCUCCUUCUUGAGCUCCAUCUUCUUGAUCAUCUCCUUCUCCUCCAUCUCCAUCAAUAUCAUCUUCUCCAUCUCCUUUUCCUUCUAAUUCUUUUUUAUCUUCUCCGUCUUCUUGAUCUUCUCAAUCUCCUUCUCCAGUUUCCCUAUCUACGUCCAUCUCCUUUUCCUUUUUCCCCAUCUCCUUCAUCUCCUCCUCCUCUUCCAUCUACGUCAUCUUCUCCAUCUCGUUUUCCUUCUCAAUUUUGUUCAUCAUCUCCAUGUUUUCCUUCUUCUCCUCCUUGAUCUUCUCCAGCUUCUCCAUCUACAUCCAUCUCCUUUUCCUUUUCCCCAUCUUCUUCAUCUCCUCCUCCUCCUCCAUCUACGUCAUCUUCUCCAUCUCGUUUUCCUUCUUCUCAAUUUUGUUCAUCAUCUCCAUGUUUUCCUUCUUCUCCUUCUUGAUCUUCUCCAGCUUCUCCAGCUUCUCCAUCUACGUCCAUCUCCUUUUCCUUUUUCCCCAUCUUCCUCAUCUUGUUGUCCUCCUUGAUCUUCUCCAUCUCUUUUGGUCUUUUCCAUCUCCUCCUCCUCCUCCCAUUCUCCAGCUCUUUUCCCUUUUCCGAAUUUUCUCCAACUGUUACUCCCUCUCCGUCUUUUCCUUCUCCUCCAUCUUCUCCUCCUCCUCCUCCUUCUUCAGAAAUGGUUACGAAAGGGAUCUCCACGUUUUCCUGCAUGCGAGAGAAUGCUUGGGAAAUGCAGAUCCAGAGCAAUGAUUUUGCAAAUGUGAUCUUAUGUGUACAGGCAAUUAACUUUAAUCCGUAGUUAUUAACCUUUCCCCCUGACUCUACACUUUCACUGUCGCUUGCGAUAUAUAAAUACAUAUACAUGCAGAUAUGCAUCCACUUAUGGAGGCACCUUCUGUGCAUAUAUUUACCAUGGACGGGAAAGUGUCUGGUGUCGCUUUUAGCUGGAGGUGGCAAGUGGGAAACUUAUGCAACGCUCAACAUUUCUGCGCUUAACGUUUUUUUUUUAAUCUACUCUUCCUUUUGCUUAGUUUUCCUCCUCCUUUUUCCCACUCCUUUUCUUUUCCUUCUUCCUUCCUCCCUUCCCCUUUUCUGUUACUUCCUUGCUUUUCUCCCUCUGUUCCUCCUUUUUUUUUCUCUCAGUCCUUCCUUUUACUCUAAUUUAUUUUUCCCGCAUUCCUUUCCUUCUUACCAUAUUUUUUUUUUUUAUUUGAUUUAUAUGCCGCCCUUCUCCAGAGACUCAGGGCGGCUUACAAUGCGUUAAGCAAUAGCCUUCAUCCUUUUGUAUAUUUAUACAAAGUCAGCUUAUUGCCCCCACAAACUGGGUCCUCAUUUCACCUACCUUAGAAAGGAUGGAAGGCUGAGUCAACCUUGAGCCUUGGCGAGAUUCGAACCCUGCAGUAAUUGCAGGCAGCUGGUCUUAAUAACCAGCUUAAUAACGGUGCCUUAAACCACUGUACUACCAAGGCUCUUUCUUCUUUUCCCUCCCUCCCUCCCUUCCUCUCUUUUCCUCUCCUUUUCUUUUCCUCCUUCUCCCUCCCUCUGUUCUUCCCUUCUUUUUUCUCUCAAUCCUUCCUUUUACUCUUUUAUUUCUUCUUCCCUCCCUCCCUUACCACUUUUCCUUCUUUCCUCCGUCUCUCCUUCCUUCCCCUCCCUCCUUCUUCUUCCUUGCUUCUUCCUCCCUUUUUUCUCUCAAUCCUUCCUUUUGCUCUCUCAUUUCUUUCCCUCUCCUUCCUUCUCUUACCACCUUUUUCUAGCCUGCCUUCCUUCCUCCCUCUCCCUUCCUUCCAUCCCAUCUUUCUUUAAAAGAACUUAGGGCCACCUGCUUAGUGCCGCUUCCUCAGAAUCCUAACCUUGUAAGGUAAGUUGGGUUCAGACUGAGUGACCAGUCCAAAGCCACUCCGAAACACGGCUGACGAGGACCAUAGAUCCCAGAUCUCCCUGGUGCCAAUCCAGCACAUUCGUUUUGGGAGUAGCAUUUCCAAAUGUCUGGCUUUGCUAAACUCGUUUAGGCUGUCUGGAGCUGCUGGGAUUCAGAUUACAGAUUAACAGAGUUAAUCAGAUUAACAGAGUAGGUCAUCUAGCCCAACCCCCCCGCCCAAGCAGGAGACCCUACAAUUUCGGGCCAGGCUGCUCCGAUGGAGGGCACCUGAAACCAUCCUGGAACUUGGGCAGGUCCGGAUGGAGAAAGGACAUGUCAACCCUGAAGGGGAACAUGGCUGAGGCCAUUUUGCAGGCUUCAGGGUUGCCACAAGGAAGAAGAAGGGACAGGGAGAGGGGGGAAUAGAUAGCUUGGGGGGCAUUGUAGUCAAAACUACUUUGCGAGACCGCCUUCUGCCACCAAUAGCCUCCCACCGACCGGUUCGCUCGCACAGAGAGGGCCUCCUCAGGGUGCCGUCGGCCAGGCAGUGCCGGCUGGCGACCCCAGGGGGAGAGCCUUCUCUGUGGCAGCACCUGCCCUCUGGAAUGACCUGCCCCCUGAGAUACGCACGAUAUCAGACCUCCGGACUUUUCGUCGGGCCCUGAAAACACACUUAUUCCAUCUAGCUGGGCUGGCUUGAUCCCAUCCUCUCAGUUUUAAAUUUGAAUUUGGUUUUAAUUGGGUUGUUUUAAACUUGGGCCAAAAUUAUUUGUUUUUUAAAAUGUUUUUUAAAUUUUAUAUGCUAUGUUUUAUCUUGGCUGUACACAGCCCUGAGUUCCGCAGGAGAAGGGUGGUAUAGAAAUAAAAUAAAAUUAAAUUAAAAAAAAAAACAAGACGUUUUCCUGUGGGAACCAAGGACACUCCCAACAGGUGGCUGGGGAGGAGGAGGAGUGAAGUAACCAAGCAACCGGCCAGCUCCUCGAUUGGACAAUGUGACUGAGGACUUGGAGGGAGGGAGGGGGAACUUUUACUCUUGAAUCAGCUGAAAGCUGCGGGAACUUUCAGAGCCGGUUUUCCCAAAUUGUGCCAAUAUGAAGUAUCCAAUAAAUUGUUCCUUGAGGAAUCUUA